AUGAAACCACCAUUUUCACUUCUUCUCACCCUCCACUUCCUCUUCUUCUUCUUCCUCUUCCCCACCAAUAUCACAUCACUCCCUCCAACCCCUUCCCCAACCUCUUCUCCAUCUCCUUCUUCUUCUCCUUCUUCUACUUCUACUUCUACUUCUACACUUGACCCAAAGCAGGUCAUAGCCCUGCAAUCCUUGGAUAUCCCCACUUCCAAGGACCCAUGUUCUCAACCUUCCUAUCACAAUGCCACACUCUGUGACUCUUUCAAACCCUUUCGCCACCUCAUCUCUCUAAGCCUCUCAAACUGUUCAACCUACGUUGCUCUCUCAUUCACUGCACUCAAAUCACUCUCAACCCUUCAGUCCCUUCAGCUUCUUAACUGUCCUGUUGCUCCCAUUCGCUUCCCUCCUGAACUCAUAGCCUCUCUCCGAUCCUUCACUUGCAUCAACAGCCUCCACAAGGUCACUGGGGUUUGGCUCUCUCAGCUUGAGAACCUCACUGAUCUCACUGUCUCCAAUGUUCAAGUCACAGCUUCUGGUCCUUAUGUUAUACUUGGACACAUGAACAAGCUCAAGUCUUUGACCAUUUCCCAUGCAAAUCUCACUGGUGCUCUCCCCGGACACAUUCAUUCCAACCUUACCCACAUCGAUUUUUCUGGUAAUCACCUCAAAGGAACCAUACCCACUUCCAUUACAAGGCUUGAUGGCCUUGAAAUUUUGAAUCUUUCAUCUAAUGCGCUCGGUGGUGAAAUACCUGCUUCCUUUGGGGACUUGGUCUCGCUAAAAAACUUGUCUUUGGCUUCAAACUCCUUUUCUGGGUCUAUUCCAGAUUCAAUAUCUGCUCUAUCAGGUUUGGUUCACAUGGAUCUGAGCUCAAACCAGCUCAAUGGGAGUAUUCCAAAGUUCAUUUCCCAAAUGAAGAGCCUCAAGUACUUGAAUCUAGCUAACAACAACCUUCGUGGGGUUGUGCCUUUCAACUUGACUUUCAUAAAGAGAUUGGCAGUGUUUAAGGUUGGUGGGAACAGCAACCUGUGCUAUAACCAUUCGGUUGUGUCUUCAAAAUUGAAGCUUGGGAUUUCUCCUUGCGAUAAGUAUGGGAUGCCAGUGUCUCCACCUACAAAGGAUUCUUCUGCAGAUGAUAGCAGUGACUCGGAUUACGAUGACAGUGAUGAAGAUGGAAACAAGCACAAGAAAGAGCAUCAUCAUGGCCCAAACAAGUUCGUUCUUGGUGUGGCAAUUGCGCUUUCUUCCAUUGUCUUUCUGAUUGUUUUCUUAAUUGUAUGCUCAAAAUGUUGUCGCUAA